GUUCAACCAGUCUUUCAACUCCGGUACUCCACCACACAAAUCGGGAAAGUCGACGCGCAGUGUGACCAGUCAGUAAUAUAACAGCAGUCUUUAUCGCAUUUUAAAAUCUGAGUUUGCAUGAGGAAAUAUUAACGAUUACACUAAGGCAACAGACUUGUAUUUAUGGAUGAAAAAAAAGCAUCUGCCGGGUUUCACACAAACAGUGCAACUUGCUACAUGGGCAUAGUUUAGCCAACAGUAGUCUACAUUGAGAAACGACUAAAGGCCACAGAAAAGCGAUUUUGACAUUCUAUCUAUAUUUGGAAUGCAGUAGCUGUGGACGGAGACGAGAGACAGAGACAUAGAGGGGGAGGGAGGCACGAAGGAGGCGAAGAAAGAGAAACGGCAUGGCUCAGUUUAAACUACAGAAUGUAGAGGAUUUCUAUGAGAUCGGAGAAGUGCUUGGAAGUGGGCACUUUGGGCAGGUGCGCGCGGUGCGGGAGCGCUCCUCGGGCGUCCGCUGGGCGGGCAAGUUCCUGAAGCUGCGGCGAAGCGCCAGCAGCCGCCUGGGCCUGGAGAGGCGGAGCGUGGAGCGCGAGGUGGAGAUCCUGCAGGCGCUGCAGCACGUCAACGUCAUGGCCCUGAAGGACGUGUUCGAGAGCCGUGUCGAGGUGGUGCUCGUCGUGGAGCUUAUCUGUGGUGGAGAGCUGUUUGAUUUCAUAGCUGAGAAGGAGAACCUGUCAGAGGAGGAGGCCAUCGAGUUCCUGAAGCAAAUCCUCAAGGGAGUCGGCUUCAUGCACAGUAAACACAUUGCACACUUUGACCUUAAGCCAGAGAACAUUAUGCUGGCAGACAAGACGGUCCCCCACCCCCACAUCAAGAUUAUUGACUUUGGACUGGCCCAACGCCUCACACAGGGAGAAGAAUACAAGAGCCUCUGUGGAACUCCACAGUACAUUGCCCCGGAGGUGAUCAACUAUGAAGCCCUCAGUGAGGCAGCUGAUAUGUGGAGCAUCGGUGUUAUAACUUACAUAUUGUUGAGUGGCAUGUCCCCAUUCCAAGGAGACAAAGACGAGGAGACGCUACGCAACAUCGUGGGGAUGAUCUACGAGUUUGAAGAUCAGUAUUUCAGCCAAACCAGUGUCAUGGCCAAAGACUUUAUCGAGAAGCUGCUCAUUAAGGACCCAAUAGAGAGAAUGACGGCAGAUGAAUGUUUACUACACCCCUGGAUAAAGCCACUGACGCGCAAACAAGCAGCCAACCGAAGCCGCUCGUCCAUCAACAUGAAGAAUUUCAAGAAGUUCAACGCCAAGAGGAAGUGGAAGAUGUCUUACAACAUGGUGUGGGCUUGCAACAGACUAUGUCGCCUGAAGCUGCUUUGUAAGACGAGAGCCCAGGAGGAUGAUGACAUGAGAAAGUGUGAGAGUGAUCAGGAAGACACAGAGACCAAGCCUGCCUCAAUGAUUCGCCGAAGACUUAGCAGCAGUUCCUAAAGCCGCCCAUCAGAGGUCGCCAAAGCACAAACAUGUGCAAUGAGGGUCCAGGGGCUGACUUUUAGUACCUCACUUCCUGAAGGGACAGGAGCAAAUACUUGUUGUGAGUGAUGCACAAAAAUCAGCACAGUCAUUGAAAAUUGCAGGACCUGAUUGAUUCCUUGUAAAGGUCAAUGUGCUGACAGAGUUAGUGUUUGGCUUCAAUAUACGGAAUUGAGAUCACAUAUGAAGGUUGCUGGCUAUAGAAACGUUAGAAAAAUGCAUAGUAUUUUGAAUUACUUUUGUGUGAGUGUUAACCUCAUUAUGAAUCAAAUUACAAUGCAUAGGAUCAAGGCAUUUUAGACUGAUAAAUAAGAAGCAUGCUGUUGUCUAGCAAUAACUGUAGUUGUAGUAGUACAAGACUACUAGAAGAUAGUAAAGGAUUGUAGCAAUUCAAAUAUAUUGUCAGUCAGUGCCUUUUGAAUUGUAACAGAUAUUUAAGAACAACUAGUAAAAGUAUUUAAGUAUUUCCUAAUGUGAAACCUGUCAGCUAAACCGAAUGCCUUACAUAAGAACCAAAUCCAAACCUGAGAUUUGUGUGCCAACCCUUUUGCACUGACUGUGCAUUGAAGUGUGAAAGAACGGUGCUGUUAUUGUAGCCAAGCCCUCUUUUGGUCCAAAGUAACAUUUCUUAUGUCAAACUACAUCUCACAAUCAAUCAGGCUUACCUUCAUACAAUUUUACACAAACCAUUCUCAAUUUCAUAAUUUUCUUGAGAGAAACCACACUCGUAUUAACCAGUGAUGCCUCACAAAUGUGUUACAGCCCUAAAACCUCACCUGAAGAACCUUACACAAUACAAGUGCGGUGGUUUACACAAAAAGUAAUGUUUACCCUGAAUAGGAAUAGUUAAAUGGUUAUAUAUAAGAAUAGUUCAAGACAAAAUCAAUGUAUUUAUUACACAUAUGUGAGGUGCAGGUGUCUGUUACACUCAAGUUGAAUAUCACAGAAGACUGAAAAAUGAACACAGAAAAUCAAGGGAGUAUGGUAUCACAAUAUGGGAGGAUACACAAUGAUUAGCAUUUGCAGGCACAGAGAAAGAACAAUGUGUGCUAGAUAGCUUUUGUUUAGGUCUUUUGAUAGAAAUGGCCUUGUCGCUCCUUCUAUUUUCCUCAUUCAAAGUUGCAUGACAUUAUACACUUUGGAAAUAUUGUGACCUCUGACUUACAUUAGUGACACAGGCCUUUCCUAGUCACAUCUUACAAAGACCUAACUAAUGGCUAUGCAGGCAUAAGAAAACAGCAUAAUGACAGUUUAUCAAUGAUACAAGAAACAUAAUUAAUAGAUAGGCAUACUUCUCUCCUGGACAUAACCAAGGGUCAUGUGCUCAUGAGCUUAGUAUUGCAAGGUAUAGAUCAAACAUUGUUUAUUAUAUUCAGAACAUUUCAAACAGUGUAAAAGUAAUAAAAUAAUCAUUAUCUGAAAUUGUUGUUAACUGAUCAGUGGUUUAAGGACAGACCUCUUCAACCCAUACAAAUUAUUACUUUAACAACCAUGACGUCACCCAAGAAAUGUAGUCGCACAUUUUGUUUCUGCAGAGUAUGACAGUGGUAUGGUGGCGGUAUUCAUAACAUGUUGUUUACAUGUAUCUUAUACAUUUCUUAUGUAGCUCUUUUCAACUUUGCUUGAAAAAAGUGUAGUUUCUUUGUUGGGCAAAGGCCAAUUAGCUAAUUGUCUCAUUUUAAAUGUGUGUGUGUGUGUGUGUGGGGGGGGGGGGUGGUAAAGCCAUAAGUCCCAUUGUGUCACUGUUGUGGCUCUGAAUGUCCAAGACUGACCAGUAUCUGUUUUCAUAGUUGUUUGAAUUGUGUGACAUAUAAUUAAAGAAAACAUAAGCACA